AUGGAGUCCUCGUCUCCCACCGAAGAAGUGGUCAUGGUUGACCCGGAUGGCGAUUUGAUCCUCGAAAUUCGCCAGAAGCGAUCUGACAACGAUGAGCCAUCGGAGUCUGGAAAUCUGAAGCGGCUUCUAGUCUCCAGCAAAAUCCUCACCAUCUCUUCACCCGUCUUCAAAGCCAGGCUGUGCGGCCCUUUCCUUGAGGGGCAGCUUGCGCUGAGCAAUGUCAACCCUCCUGUUCUUCCCUUGCCAGAAGACGACCCGGGAGCCAUGGAAAUGCUGACCAGGAUACUCCACCAUAGCUUUACUAUAACCGAUGUCCUACGGAUUCCUGGCCUAUGUCACAUGGCUAUGACAAGCGACAAAUACGGCUGCAAUGUGGUGAUCAAGUCUUGGUUUCAUGCCUACCUCUUCCGGAGGGCUAAGUCAGGGCCAUUCGGCGCUUCAGAGCUUGCCAGAUUACUCAGUGCUUCCUAUAUGCUGGAUGACCACGAGUUCUUUUACCGCUGCACUGAGAUCGCCAUCUUAGAAAUGGAACGGAAUCAGAAUGCCUUGUCACUGCAGUCUGAUCGGACUGACCAGUCCUGCUGGCCUAACAGAGUUUGA